AUGACAACAAGGUGUAAUAAAUGGAGUAACCGAUUGUUAAUCAUUACAUUGCUUUAAUUAAUUAUGUCCGCAGUGAAUCGCAAUUCAGAGUAUGAACCAAUUGGAGAUCAACAUGAGCAAACAAUCAAAAAUCAUUCUCAAGAUGAUUCUGAACUCAUUCCGGGUUAUACGCAGACAACAUGCCAGACUGUGUUCUUUCACAUUUUUGGAUUUCUUUUUCUGGGCAUUCCAUAUGCGCUGAUUACAUGGUUUCCCAAUCUUGGAACAUACAGAUACAGACAGUGUUCAUUAAGCACUGCCAAUCUAGUUUUAGUCAGUGAUCACUUUGGCAAUGAUGUUGUUCUUGAAAUUAAGACUGAAAACAUUGAUCUUCCCAACAUGGCGUGCACAUUACUGCGCCAUUUCACCCACCAGCAUACUCAAUACAUCUGGAUUCCAUAUAAAUCAGCUUUUGGGACUUUGGAUGAGUUCCUUCCAGAGCUUACACUUGAACAAAUACUCAAUGAGUCACAUGGAUUGGAUGAGGAUGCUGAAUUAAUUCAAAUGUUUGGAAAGAAUAAAAUUGAGGUUAAAGUGAAAUCCUAUUGGCGACUAUUUGUCGAAGAGGUUUUCAAUCCGUUCUACCUCUUUCAAGCAUUUUCGGUUAUCUUGUGGUAUUUUGACGAGUACAGAAUUUAUGGAGCUUGUGUUGUAGUCUUGACUACAUUUUCAAUCGUUACUGCUCUUUAUGAGACCAGAAAACAAAGCGAAGCCCUACACGCUUUAGUAGAAGACUCUACCCAUACUGGACCAGUGUUAAUGCUUCCUCUCUCCAAAGGUGAAACCGAGCGGACUUCUGAAGAGAUGAAAUACCAGGAACCAUUGACCAUUGACCCAUAUGACCUUGUUCCUGGUCAUAUAAUCGUCAUACCUCGAACUGGUUGCAUAAUGCCAUGCGAUGCUGUGUUGUUAACGGGUAAUGUAAUUGUAAAUGAAAGUAUGUUGACCGGGGAAAGCGUCCCCGUGAUGAAGACACCUCCUCACGAAACUGAUGAGGUGUACUCAGCCACCAAACACAAGCAACACACGCUACAUUCUGCUAAUAUACGUACGGUAAUGAUAACCGGUGAUAAUGUAAUGACAGCCAUUUGUGUAGCGAGAGAGUGUGGUAUGAUUGGUAUCAAUGACGAUGUUCUUCUUUUACAAUUGCGUGAAGUCGAAGGACAACGCACUCCGGAAAUCUACGCUGAGUUUGUAGGCAAUACAAACAGUUCCGAAGCACAUAGUUCAAUCAUUAAUCUAACUGAUGAACACUAUAAAUUUGCAAUGGUAGGAGAUACCUGGGCGAAGUUACGACAAUACUAUCGUAAAGAUUUGCCAAGGAUACUGUUGAGAGCAACGGUUUUUGCUAGGUUUCAACCUGAUCAAAAAACGCAAUUGGUUAAAGCACUACAAGGCUUGGAUUACAUCGUAUCAAUGGUUGGUGAUGGUGCUAAUGAUUGUGGUGCACUCAAAGCUGCUCAUGUUGGCGUAUCUCUUUCGCAAGCGGAAGCCAGUGUUGCAGCACCAUUCACUUCCGGUAUAGAAAACAUCUCCUGUUUAUACCACCUGAUUCUGGAAGGACGAUGCGCUCUAGUGACAAGUUUCGCUGUGUUUAAGUACAUGGCACUUUACAGCUUGAUACAAUUCUUCACAAUCAUCAUUCUCUACAAACUCAAUUCUAUACUGGGCGAUCAACAGUUUUUGUUUAUUGAUUUGAUUAUCACCACAAGUUUAGCUGUGACCAUUGGUAGACAAGGACCGUCGAAUGUGUUGGUACCCAAACGUCCAAUGGGUAGUUUAAUGUCUGGCACGAAUCUGGUACCCAUGGUGUUGCAGAUCUCCACAUGCGCCUUUGUUCAAUACGCUGCUUUGUAUUAUCUGUCUACACGCGACUGGUACAAAGCAAAUCCAAUUGAAAGAGAUGAGAUUGUUCUGUGUUGGGAGAACACGGUGUUGUUUACUGUAAGUUCAUUCCAGUAUGUUAUCCUGGCUGUGGUUUACUCCAAAGGAGAACCGUAUCGAGAGAACGUCAUUAGUAAUUUUUGGUUGCUGGUGUGUUCGUUGGCAUUGACAUGUUUCACGACUUAUUUGUGUAUUUGCCCAUCGCUGGACGUUGCGGAUUUCUUCGAAGUGAUCUACCUGCCUCCGUUGCAUGAAAGGCAACAGCAUUUGUUUAGGGAUACCUUGUUAUUCUUUCCGAUUGCACAUUAUGUUAUUGCUGUUGCAAUAGAGAAUUUAAUAGGUGAAAGCGAAUGGUUGAAGAAAAUUGUGCAUUUUAUGACGUGUAAACGUCAUCCAAAGAAUCGUUAUAAAGCACUGGCUGCCGAAUCUGCUAAUUUUUUCUGCGAGAUUGUCGAAAACAAUCGCGAUCAAACUGUUUGCUGACAUAUAUUUUUUUAUUCAACAUCUUAUCUGUCUACAACUAUUAAUCACUUACAUCUGACCAUUUAUCCAUAUACAUAUAUACUAGAGUACGCUUAGUAUUAAUUAGAAAAUAAAUUACAAGUUCACCGACGAAA